AUGUUUGUUGGAUAUGAAGAUACUGAUGAUACUGAAGUGUAUGAAGAUGAACUUUAUCAUGAGGAGUCAUCCAGUGAGCAGAGUGUUGAUAGCGAGGUGGAAUUUCAUCUCUACAGCCAGAUCCACUAUUCCCAAAAUCUUGGAGAAGUCAGCACGCUGGAAAUGGAGGAAGAAGCUGGUGUUGCAGGAGCCAUGGGUCAUAGUUCAGUUCUAACUGAGAAACAGUAUGAAGAGGUCACUGAAUUUGUUGAUCAUUGUACUCAGCUUUCAGAUGAUCCUGAGAUUAUCGUCUUGUCUGAUUCACCAGAUGAAGACAGCAUUUACAAAAGCAAAGCAAAGAAGUCAACAAGGGCUUUAGCUAAAGGUAAAAUAGGUAUCCAUCCAGCAUCUUCCACACCAAAUCAUGCCAAAGCUGCUGGAGGUAAUACCGUGUGUCCUGCUGCAUCAGGCGCAGACAUUGCAAUGCAAAGGAAGAGCACUAAUAUGAAGCUGAGCCCUGUUAGUUCUGCUGGAGCUCAUGCCAUCCAAGAUGUGUUGGUAAUAGAUGACAGCUCGGAAGAAGAGAGCGUGAUAUCUGAAAGUGAUAACAUCGAGAGGUGGAUGCUUUUGGGAGCCGGUGCAGAUGACAGAGAUGACGAUAUAAUGUUGAACCUUGAAGGCUGUGCAACUCCCGUCAGUGAAGGUUAG